AUGGGAAAGCAGCACGGUUCUCUUGCCCGAGCCGGCAAGGUCAAGUCGCAGACCCCCAAGGUUGAGCCUCAGGAGAAGCCCAAGAGGCCCAAGGGACGCGCUCACAAGCGUGAGCAGUACGUUCGCCGUUUCGUGAACGUUACCCUUGCCCCCGGUGGCAAGAGGAAGAUGAACCCCAACCCCACUGCUUAA